CGCAACUCACCUUGCUUUACCCUUACCCAGUUUCACCCUCGUCAUCUCCAACAUACUUCUCUUCUCUCCUCUCCUCAUCUCAAGAAUCCCACCCUUCCUCCGAAGGGAACCGACGAAAAUGCAUCUCCUCCAAGCCAUUCUCUCGCUCCCACUCCUCCUCCCCCAAGCCCUCACCUCCCCAACCUCCAGGGCCGCCCCCAACACCCAAAAAGACCUCACCCCGCUCCCGCUCAUAAUCUGGCACGGCCUGGGCGACACCUACACGAACCCCUCCCUCACCAGCCUGUCGGACGUGGUCAACCGAAUCCACGAAGGCACCUACACGCACCUCAUCCACCUGGGCGACGACGCCGCCACCGAUCGCCGCAACACCUUCCUGGGCAAUGUAACCACGCAAAUCGCCGAGGUCUGCGCCCAGCUCGCCGCCGACCCGAUCUUGUCGACGGCCCCCGCCGUCAACGCCAUCGGCUUCUCCCAGGGCGGCCAGUUCCUGCGCGCCUACGUCGAGCGCUGCAACGCCCCGCCCGUCCGCACCCUCAUCACCUUCGGCAGCCAGCAUAACGGCAUCUCCCAGUUUCAGGCAUGUCGCUGGGGGGAUCUGGUCUGUUUGGGGGCUGAGGCGCUGCUGCAUGCUGGGCGGUGGAGUGGGGUCGUGCAGGGCGGGUUCGUGCCGGGCCAGUAUUUUCGGCCGCAGGCCGGGCAACGGCAACAAUCGGAGAUGGAGCUCUACCUCCAGCACAGCAAUUUCCUGGCGGAUGUGAAUAAUGAGCGUGACGUCAAGAAUGAGACGUAUAAGGAGAAUUUGAGCUCGCUGGAGAAGUUUGUUAUGCUGAUGUUUGAGGAUGAUGGGGUUGUUCAUCCCAAGGAGUCGGCGUGGUUUGCGGAGGUGGAUGCUGACGGCGUGGUUGUGGGGCUGAGGGAUAGACAGAUCUACAAGGAGGAUUGGCUUGGGUUGCGGAAGUUGGAUGAGAAGGGGGCCUUGGUGUUUCGGACCGUGCCUGGGAGACAUAUGGAGAUUGGGGAGGAGGUGUUUGAGAGGGUGGUUCGGGAGUUUUUGGGGCCCGUUGAGCUCGAGGUCGGGGUCGAGGCCGGUCUUGGUGCUGAUGGGAGCGAGAGACGGCCGGGGUUGGUUGUGCAGGGUGCGUACUAGAUUUGCGAUGCUCCGAGCUUAAGCUGUAAAUUUAUACAUAGUGUUUUUUAAAGAAUGCUUCGGUAUUGCUCCUGGAUGAUAUUUAUGAUCAGGGUGUACCACACUACCUCCAUUUUUACUGACU